AUCUGCAUUAAAAAUUAUCCUUUUAAAAGUCUAUCAUCUUGGAAAAACACUACUCACCAUUGCAAUUGGUCGUUCGUCACUUGCUCUUCGUCUUCUCACUCUCCCACUGUCAUUUCCCUUGACAUCUCCAACUUAGAUCUCAAUGGUACUCUCUCUCCUCAAAUCGGUUUUCUUACAAACCUGCAAAACCUAUCUCUCAAUGAUAACUAUUUUUAUGGGCAUGUCCCGUCUACUCUUUCUCUCCUUACAAAACUCCAAUAUCUCGACCUAGAACUUAACCAAUUUAGUGGCCCACUUCCUUAUGACUUAGGAUUCUUAAAGAGGUUGAAAAGUUUAGAUUUAUCAAUUAAUCAAUUACAUGGUGAGAUACCAAAUUCUUUUUCUCUUCUUACAAAUUUGAUUCAUUUGGAUUUAUCAAGUAAUCAAUUACAUGGUGAGAUACCAAAUUCUUUUUCUCUUCUUACAAAUUUGAUUUAUUUGGAAUUAUCAUAUAACCUUUUACAUGGUGAGAUACCAAAUUCUUUUUCUCUUCUUACAAAUUUGAUUCAUUUGGAUUUAUCAAGUAAUCAAUUACAUGGUGAGAUACCAAAUUUUUUUUCUUCUCUUACAAAUUUGAUUUGUUUGGAAUUAUCAUAUAACCUUUUACAUUGUGAGAUACCAAAUUCUUUUUCUCUUCUUACAAAUUUGAAUCAUUUGGGUUUAUCAAAUAAUCAAUUACAUAGUGAGAUACCAAAUUAUUUUUCUCUUUUUACAAACUUGAUGAUCUUAAGUCUUGGUCAAAACAACUUACAAGGUUUCAUACUUGUCAACAUUGGAAAACUUACGAGUCUUCUUUAUUUGUUGGUUGCCAACAAUAACUUGAUUGGAAAAAUCACACCACAGAUUACAGGAUACAAUGUCACGAAUUUUAAAAACUCUUCUAUCUGCAACUUGGUUAAUCUUCAAAUCCUCUAUUUAUCUUAUAACAAGUUUAAUGGAGAAGUUCCUCAUUGCUUGGGCAAUACUAGUACUCAAUUAGUUGUAUUGAAUCUCCAAUCAAAUAAUUUCAAGGGCAUCCUUCCAUCAACAUUUUCUACUUGUGAUUUUUUGGAAUAUGUAGAUUUCACUGACAAUCAGUUAGAAGGAGCUAUACCUAGGUCUUUAUCUACAUGUAGAAACCUGAAAGUCCUAAAUUUGAGGAACACCAAAUUUAAAGAUGUAUUCCCCUAUUGGUUAGGUAGCCUUCCGUCUUUAGAGGUUCUCAGCCUACCCUUUAAUAAAUUUCAUGGUGAUAUAACCAAAAAUUUAUCAAAGAUUGCAACAUCUCCUUGUUCAAAUCUACAAAUUCUCGACCUUUCAAACAAUAAUUUCUGUGGUAAGUUGCCAUUCAUGUACAUCAAACAAUUUCGUUCCAUGAUGGAUAUCAACAUGUCUACUAUAGGAAGUCCAAGGUACUUAGAAAAUGAAUUUGGAUUUUUUAUGUCAACAUUUGAUAUGUCUAAUAAUCACUUUGAAGGAGAGAUUCCAAAUUCUAUAGGGAUGUUGCAAGCACUUCGAAAUCUUAAUCUCUCGCAUAACCUACUUACCGGAAACAUCCCUUCAUCCAUCGGGAACUUGUCAUUGUUGGAUGGUUUAGACCUAUCAUCAAAUAGGCUUAUCGGUGAAAUCCCUCAAGAACUUGUUAGUUUAACAUUUCACGAGGUUUUUAAUGUUUCGUAUAAUCAACUGGAAGGGCCUAUACCCCAUGGUAAUAAUUUUGAUACCUUCUCAUCUGAUUCGUACGAGGGAAAUCUUCAAUUGUGUGGAGCACCAUUACUUGAAUGCAAAAACAAUACUGUUGUGCAAUCUUUGAACAAUGAUAAUGUGGAAAAAAAAACAGAAUUAUCGAUGUGGAAAGUUGUAGUGAUUGGAUUUAGAAGUGGUACAAUAGUUGGUUUGGCUUGAGGGUACUACAUAUUGUCAGUGGGGAAGCCUUUUUGGCUUUUUAAAUUGUUGAACAAGAUGGAAUGGGCUUUACUUGAUUUUCAUGACCACCAUUUCAGUAGAAGAAGUAGAACAAGAAGAACAAAGAACUCAAAAGUGAUCAUCUAUCUGAGAAACAUUUCAUUUGUAGCAAGAAGUAGAGUAUGAUGGAAUGGGCCUUUUUGGGUUUUACUAGAAUUUGUAGCAUUUCCUUUUUUUUUCACUUUACUUUAUUUAUAAUUAUAUUUAUUCAUAAUUAUAUUUUGUGAUAAUAACAUUUCUUUUCCAUUAAAAAAUAUAAAUGUGUGCCAAAUGGUUGAAUGUGAUAAUCUAUCUAAGAAAGUAACAUUUAAUUUCAUGAGAUGUCUAUAAAGCAUAAAAUGUCAUUCCACUGCAUUGUUAAGUUAGUUGAUUUUGUUUUUCCGAGUUUGAUCAAUAAAUUAAUUUUCAGCUUUUACUAUAUUUACAAUAACACAACCCCGACCGUGGGUGUAAGCGAGGAGUGUUGCCGCCUAGCUAGGGUCCAAUCUUGAAAAGGGCCAAUAACUUAAGUCACCAUUAAAUUUAAUCGUCAUUUUCAAGUUGGGAGAAGAAAAUAAAAUGUUAGAUUAUUAUUUUCCUAUUUUUCUCUCACUCUCAUUUCAUCUUUCCUUUUUUCCAAUUAAUCGUACAUUAACUCUAAUAAAAUGAUAAAAAAUUUUCCAAAACAUCACAAUUUUCAACCGUUAAAAGUAAUCGUAGUCUUUACCCAGAAAUGGUCACACAAUGCCAUAGAUAAAUAACAGACUUUUUUUUUGUUCUUCAGAGUUUGCCAUUUUAUUUCUCGUUUCACUAUUCUUCUACAAAUUUUAAUAAUCCAAAUUCAAGAAAAAGAUUAAGCAACCAAAGAACCAUAACGAUAUUGUUAUUUGUGCCUUUAUUUUCUUGUUGAUUAAGAGAAAUAAUUUCUCCUUUCUACUUUACUUGUACCAUUUGUUUUUUCACACUUUUCAAUAUACGAAUUCAAUCGUUAAUAUUUCUAUUUAUGCUAUCAAAAAAUUAUGGAAACUAGAA